AGUGCAUUGUCCCAUUGUCAGUGAAUGCAACAUUAAUCUGGCACAGGAGCCAGUACAAGAUGGCUACCGCUGCGGGCCGAUACUACGGAGAAGGUGGCAGAGCAACAAAACGACAGAAAACAGAGGACGGAGGGAUGACAACGGAGAGCUACGAUGACCCUCACAAACCACUCCCCUCCCCGGUGGUGCACAUCAGGGGCUUGGUCGACGGUGUUGUGGAGACUGACUUGGUGGAAGCCUUGCAAGAAUUCGGGGCCAUCAGUUCUGUGGUAAUGAUGCCCAAUAAGCGCCAAGCCUUGGUGGAGUAUGAAGACAUGAAUGGAUCCUGCAAUGCUGUUACCUAUGCAGCUGAGAACCAGGUUUACAUUGCAGGCCACCCUGCCUUCAUCAAUUAUUCCACAAGCCAAAAGAUCUCUCGGCCAGGAGACUCAGACGACACCCGGACCGUGAACAAUGUGCUGCUGCUCACGAUCAUAAACCCCAUCUACCCCAUCACAACGGAUGUGUUGUACACCGUAUGUAACAACUGUGGUCCUGUACAGAGGAUCGUCAUCUUCAGAAAGAAUGGUGUUCAGGCCAUGGUGGAAUUUGACUCCAUCCAAAGCGCCCAGAGGGCCAAAGCGUCGCUCAACGGGGCAGACAUCUACUCCGGUUGCUGCACACUGAAGAUAGAAUAUGCCAAGCCUUCUCGCCUAAAUGUCUUCAAGAACGAUCAGGGCACGUGGGACUACACAAACCCUAAUCUGAGUGGCCAAGAUGCUGAUGGUGAAGGCAAUUGGAACAGCACACAAGAUCCAAAUGCCAAUCCCAACAAACGCCAGAGGCAGCCUGCUCUUCUUGGAGACCACCCACCUGAUUAUGGUGGCCCUCAGGGAGGUUACCAUGGCUACAAUGAUGACACUUAUGGUCCCCCUCCCCACCGCAUGGGGCCAGGUAUGGGCGGACGUGGUCGUGGUAAUCAGCGCUACGGCCCUGGAUACGGGCCACCACCCCCUGAAUACGGUCCUCACGCCGACUCACCAGUUCUUAUGGUGUACGGCCUCGAGCCCUCAAAGAUCAAUGCUGACAAGGUCUUCAACAUCUUCUGCCUGUAUGGCAAUGUAGAGAGGGUUAAGUUCAUGAAGAGCAAGCCUGGGGCAGCGAUGGUGGAGAUGGGUGACUGUUACUCUGUGGACAGAGCCAUCAAUCAUCUUAACAACAACUUCCUUUUUGGACAAAAACUCAACGUCUGUGUGUCAAAGCAGCAGGCUAUUGUUCCAGGACAGAGCUACCAGUUAGAAGACAACACCAGUAGCUUCAAGGACUUCCAUGGUUCCCGCAACAACCGCUUCACCUCCCCAGAGCAGGCAGCCAAGAACCGUAUCCAGCACCCGAGCAAUGUCCUGCAUUUCUUCAAUGCACAGCCUGACAUCUCGGAGGAGAUCUUCAACCAGGUCUGCGAAGACUUAGGAAUUAAGAACCCUUCAAGUGUGAAGCUUUUCAGUGGAAAGAGUGAGCGAAGUUCUUCAGGCUUACUGGAGUGGGAAUCUAUUAAUGAUGCCAUGGAAGCCCUAGCAUUGAUGAACCAUCACCAGAUGAAAAACCCUAGUGGGCCUUACCCUUACACUCUAAAGCUGUGUUUCUCAACCACCCACCAUGCCAACUAAUUACACUUCAUUCAAACAAUGAACAAUAUAAUGUUCUUAUGUCUCAUUAAAAUGUUCACUCACUAUCGACACAAAUAGGCUUGUUGUGCUUCAACCUUUUCAAACCGCCACACCCCCCAGUACAGAGGCCAGCGUGGUUGCGUUGGUGUUGCUGUGAUAACUGCUACGCAACACUUGUAUCACUACACACAUGCUAUACAUCCACCUAACUGGGAAGAACGUCGGCUAAAAGCUCAGCCAGCUCAAUUUUCGAAAAACUGAGGAUAACUCAAACCACAAGCCCUUAAACGAGCAAUCGACGAAAACAAGCAAGCGGUCUGAGACGAGCAUGUGUCAUGAAUCAUUUCAUAAAACAAAACACUAAUGUCACAAACUUGGCACCAUUUGAAAGCAAGCACUUCAGCAGUUCUCUUAUCCUGUAGCAAAGAUCUAAAAUUUCACAUCUACAGUAACCAUCAAACUCUCCCCUUUACUUUGGUACCUUUUGGAUAUGUCUUUUUUUCUAGCAAGCCUCUCAAUCCCCGGGUUAAAGAGGUUAAUAUCUAAUUACUUUAGAUGAAGUUAUGUUUAAGUUUUGUAAAAAUUUGUUGACAUCACAUUUUUGUUUGAACAAAUCAACCAUGCACAAGCUCAUUCAUGCAUUUCAAUGUCAACAGUUUUUUUUUGGUUUUCAAAUAAACAGAGAAUUCACUUGUCAGAA